GUGGCUGUGGGCCUUCUCUAGUAAUGGGGAUGAACGGGCAUCCACCAUGUGAGGUGCCUUAUCUGCAAAGACUUUUAUAUACCGACACACAUAGACAGACAGAGAGGAGGGAGGAGAUGCAGGUUCAGACCAAGAUGAUGGCAGCUUCUUCGAAUAGAUCAUCCCUCGGUUUCAUCCUUGCAACAUUACUACUUCUUCAACUCCUUUACUCUGGAUGUGUGAGAGUGUCUGCAGCAGAAAGCAGUGAAAGGUACAGACAAUGUAAUGGCUCCAUUGCAGAAUGCAGUGAAGAGGAGGAGGUGUUGAUGGAAUCGGAGAUCAGUCGCCGGUUUCUUGCGCAGUCUAAUUCCAUCGGUUACGGUGCCUUGAAGCCAAACCAACCAGCUUGUGGUGGUCCAAAGGGAACAUCGUACUCGGGGAGUUGCCUUCCUAAUCCAUCAAACCCUCAAAACAGAGGAUGUUCCAAGAUCUAUCGUUGUAGAACCGGUUCCUCAUGAUCUCAAUUGUUUUGGUAUUUGUUUACUGCUUCUUUUGAUAAUGAUGGUUACUGCUUAUGUGCUAAUUGUAUUAAUCAAAGUCAUAUACAUAAAUCACAAAUGUGGUUUGUGUGUUAAAUUUA